CGGCUUUCGGUAGUUUGCUAUUACUGUUUUUUAUUUAACAAAAAUUAAUGGAUUCUUCUUCUGAAGAAGCCGAUUAUGAUAUUGUCGUCAAUAACAAUGAGUUACAACUUUACAUGUUUGAGCCUUUGGCCAACGCGCAAGGUGGUCAUAGUAAUGACAAUUCUUCGUCAUCGGAAAGCGAAGAUGAAUACAUUCACAGAAUUGGAAAUGUUGAAUGGUGCGAGUGUGGCUUUUGUGUGGUCAUGAGUACAGGACGGGAAAGUAUAUGUUGCCAAGAGGUAAGCAACACUGAUCCUCUGAUACAUGGCGAUCAUAUUUGCAUCACACAAGAGGAAGAGUUUGCCACAGUAUGUACAAAGGAAGCUGUCGUAAAAACAGCUAUGGUCGUGUACACACAUGACAUUGGACCUAUGCCUGAGAGUGAAGAAAACGAAGCAUUACGCUACACGGCGUACCGACAGUGA